UUCUAAGAUAUUAUGCGACCAUCCUGAUAUAGUGUAUCCCUCAUAGAUACCUGCUGCAUAUGUCUUGAACAGUAUUGAUCUUUUUUUUUUUCUGUGUCAAUCUGGAGCGAGGUGCUACUGCUCAAGCAGCCAACCAGUUUGUCAUCAUGGCAGCCCUCAGGCCCCUCACAAAGCCCAAGAUUGUCAAAAAGCGAACCAAGAAAUUUAUUCGCCAUCAGUCUGACAGAUAUGUCAAGAUUGCGAAAAACUGGCGUAAGCCAAGAGGUAUUGAUAACAGGGUCCGCAGGCGGUUCAAGGGUCAAAUGCUGAUGCCCAACAUCGGUUAUGGUAGCAACAAGAAGACCAAGUACAUGUUGCCAACUGGCUUCAAGAAGUUCCUGGUUCACAAUGUAAAGGAGCUGGAAGUCCUAAUGAUGAGUAACAAGACUCACUGUGCUGAGAUCGCCCACAAUGUCUCCUCCAAGAACAGGAAGGUGAUUGUGGAGAGGGCAGCUCAGCUGGCCAUCAAGAUCACCAACCCCAACGCCAGGCUCAGGAGCGAGGAGAACGAAUAAACCGGUCCUUUACAAUAAAUGCUUUAAAAUGGGAA